AUGGCGAAAAGAGAGUCGGAAGAUCGCGAUGGUUUGAUGCGGUUGGUGAUCCCUGAGACGUUGCAGCAGGAUUUUUUGCAUCACUAUCACACGAGUCUGGAAGGAGGCCAUCAGGGUAUUGGCCGAACCUAUCAGAGGAUCAGAUUGCGAUUUCAUUGGAGAGGACUGUAUCGGAGCGUUCAACGAUAUGUGGGCGAAUGUACCGACUGUGAGACCGAGAAAGGAAACCCGAUGAUUCAUGGGAAAUCCCCGGGCAAUCUACACGCAACCUAUCCAUUCCAGAUCAUCGCCAUGGAUCAUAUACCGUCGUUGCCCAAGUCCAUCAAGGGGAACACCGAACUGCUCAUUUGGGUCGACCUUUUCUCGGGAUAUGUGAUUGAAAAGGCUAGCUCCUCUCGGACGGCACAAACAAUAGCGGAGAAUUACGAAGAAUGUGUGUUUCGACGCUUCGGAGCUAGCGAGGCUAUCAAGCACGAUCGAGAACCGGGAUUUAUGUCCGACUUCUUUCGAGCCUUCAGUCGGAUCGUAGGACAAAAACAGCGUGCUACUAUGGCUUACAGGCCACAAGCAAAUGGAACAGCCGAACGAAUGGUGCAAACCCUGACACAUUCGCUCAAGAUGUACGUGGCUGAAGUUGACCAGCGAGACUGGGAUGAGUAUGCUGAGCGGCUCACAUUUGCCAUUAACACUGCACAAGAUCGGAUUCGGGGGGAUACCCCGUUUUAUCUGAUUCAUGGGUGGGACCCGCGAUCGACUUUGGAGGCUACGCUACCAGUGGGAAAUACGGGGACACGAGAUCGCGAUCCAAAGAGGUGGAGAUACAAAAUCCAAAGACAAUACCAGCGAGCCCGAUCUGCAGUGAACGAUCGUUUACAAGCCGCGAUCCAGGAGCGAGCAGAUCGACACAACGAAGAUCUGGAACCACACGAGAUCGAAGUAGGAGCACAAGUUUGGCUAUACCUGGACCGAGUUAAAGAGGGAUAUGCGAAGAAGCUAGCGCACAUGUGGCAUGGGCCAUUCCGAGUUGCGGACGUAAAGACGUUCCCUGAACGCCCGAAGGAUCAGCUUACGAUAGAGGAAUCAGAUCGCUUGGAUUUCGAUGAAGCUCUGCUGCCAGACGACAGUUGGGAUGGCGAUCUUGAAGAAGGGGAAUACGAAGUAGAGGCAAUAUUGGACGUGCGAUCUGGUAGAAAAACCCGUUAUGGGCGAGUACACCGGCAGUUUCUGGUGAAGUGGAAGGGAUAUCCCGAUCUAAGUUGGGUGGACGAGGCCGAUCUAAGUUGUGGGGCGAUCUUGCAAGAGUUUGAGCGGAACCGAGUGAGUCGAAACCGUUUCGACGUAAUGCAGUCUCAUGAAGGCACGUCGGACGAACCUUAA